GAGGAAAACAGGGUGGAAACUGACUGGGCGGGCUUCAUGUUAACCCCGCCCGCGGCGACCCCAGCAGUCGUUUCCCAGGGCAGCAGCGUGAGGGUCGUGCCCGGAGCCUGGCGGGGGCAGAGGACCUCGCGCUGUUAAAGUCACUUCAGAAGCCAGGGAUACGUCGUUUGUAAAUACGGUGGAUGCCGGGCAUUGCCAAAGCGCGCGCUUUCCCUGGCGGUGAUGCCUUUGGGACGGGGGACCGGCCCUCCAGGCGCAGGUUCUGAAAUGGCCAGAUGGCUGGAAGCAACAGAAGGAGGACGUUCCGCAGCGGAGCGUCUCGUGGCCUCUUGACCCUGGAAGAGAGGCUGGCGAGUCCGGGUGCCGAAUGUGAAUGUUUCAUGUAAUCCCAGGAGUUUCUUUCUAUAUAACUUCUCAGAGCACGUCAGGAUUUCAGAAUGAAUCAGAACUCAAUCGGACCUUCAGGAUCAGUUGAGACUUUGGCCGACGUACCUGAGCACGUCCUCAAAGGGCUUCCUGAGGAAGUGAGGCUCCUCCCGUCCACUGUCGACAAGACCCGGCUUGGUGUCUGGGCCACAAAGCCCAUUUUCAGAGGCAGGAAGUUUGGCCCCUUUGUUGGCGACAAGAAGAAAAGGUCUCAAGUGAAAAGCAAUGUGUACAUGUGGGAGGUCUAUUACCCAAAUUUGGGGUGGAUGUGUGUUGACGCCACGGACCCAGCGAAGGGGAACUGGUUGCGUUAUGUGAACUGGGCUCGCUCAGGAAAGGAGCAGAAUCUUUUCCCGUUAGAAAUCAAUCGGACCAUUUACUACAAAACGUUAAAGCCAAUUGAGCCCGGGGAUGAGCUCCUGGUCUGGUACAAUGGGGAAGAGAACCCGGAGAUAGCAGCUGCUCUGGAGGAAGAGAGGGCCAGCCACCGGAGCAAGAGGAACUCCCCCAAAGCCAGGAAAGGAAAGAAAAAAUCCCAGGAGGCUAAAAGCAAAGGCAAGAAAGCCAGGGAUAAAAAGCGAAAGGCUCCUUUGGGUUUGGAUUUAACACCUUUCGGUAUGAGGGAGACCAAGGAAGGCCAUAAACCAGAGGAGGAAGCCCCAACAGUUUCUGCGGUGUUGCCCCUGGACCAGGCUGCUGUCAUCCAGGAGAUGGUAAACCAAGACGCACUCCCCACCCUGCUCGUCUCCGGUCCAGUGAGCGAGGCACCCGCCACCCCCAAGGACAAGCUGGGAGUAGUACUGCGCAGAUCGAAAGAUUUAGAAGAGGACGAAGAGGAGGAGGCUGAGGAAGAGGAAGAGCCUGGGGAGGAAAUGGGGGAGGAAGAGGAGGAGGAAGAGCCUGAAGAAGAAGAGGAGGAGGGUAGCUUAUCUAAAGAACAUCCAGAUGUGGAAUCCAUGUCGGUGUGUGAAGACAAGCUGGAGUCUGUGGAAGAGCAGAGCAGCCUAUCCGAGGACUCUCCUGAAAGCUCUCCCAAGAAAAAGCCUUUGGUGAAGUUUCCCAAAACUAGAGGCGAGUCCAACGGUAACGUCCAGGGGACGUUCAUGUUUCCCUGCCAGCACUGCGAAAGAAAGUUCACCACGAAGCAGGGCCUGGAGCGCCACGUGCACAUCCACAUUUCGGCCAUCAGCCAUGCCUUCAAGUGCCGCUACUGCGGCAAAGCCUUCGGGACGCAAAUCAACCGACGGCGCCAUGAGCGACGCCACGAGGCUGGGCCAAAAAGGAAGCUGCUUUUACCCUUGGCUUCCGCCCAGCUGUCCGGGGGCAGUGCCAAGGCUGCUGAGGGGGCUGUCCAGAAUGAAACCAAGGUAAGACAGGAUGCCCCGGUCCCGGAGGCCGAGAGAGCUUCUUCCAAAACAUCACAUCCUCUGUCCUUUGAGGAGAGCAAGGACCCCAAAGAAUCACACCCGUGCCAGUACUGCAGGAAGGUGUUUGGCACCCAUACCAACAUGCGCAGGCACCAGCGGAGGGUCCACGAGCGACAUCUCAUCCCCAAAGGGGUCAGGAGAAAACCGGAAGAGCCCCAGGCUCCAGUGGGGCAAGCCCAGCACGCCCCCGGCGGGUACGUGGCCAGCACAGACCUUGAGGAAGAAGGGGAAGCCGACGACGUUUACGUCAUGGACGUUUCCAGCAACAUAUCCGAAAACCUCAACUACUACAUCGACGGCAAGAUUCAGUCCAACAGUAGCACGAGCAACUGCGACGUGAUUGAGGUGGAAUCCGGCUCCACCGAAGUCUUCGGCAUCAACUGCCUCCUGAGCCCUGUGACGGUGGAGAUCGCCUCCAACGUCAAGGCCGUGCCGGUGCACCUGGUGGAGGGGUCGAAGGAGUCGCCCACCGGCGGAAACCCAGAGGCCAAGAAGAGGAGGACGGCAAGCCCCCCGCUGCUGGCCAAGAUAAAGACAGAAAUGGAUCCAGAGCCAAUCACCUCCCUCUGCUCCCUGACUAUUCCUCUCGCGAUAUCGACGGUGGAGAGCUUGCCCUUCCCCAAAGAGAAAAGUAUUUAUUUAUCAUCCAAGCUGAAGCAGCUUCUCCAGACGCAGGACAAUAAUAAGGCGGUGCCCUCUCCCCCGUCCUCGGCAGGGGAUAUCCCAAAGCUGGGGCUUCCUGCGGCAUCUUCCCCUCUUCUCCCUGCAACCUCGAGCAGGUUCAAACGGCGCACCAGCUCCCCGCAGCACAGUCCAGGCCUUCGAGACCCAGGCAAGGCCGGCGAGGGCAAGCCCGCUUGGAACGAGGCAGCCCUGAGUGCGAAGCCCCCCAAACUGGAGAGACGUAGCAGCUCCCCCACCUGGAGCUUGUCCGGGAGAGAAGAAAGGGAAGCCGUGAGUCCCCUCUGUCCAGAAGAAUACAAGGCGUCUAAGGAGUGGACGCCAAGCCCGCCGUUCGGGAACGUGUGUAAUCAGCAGCCUUUGGACUUGUCCAGCAGCGUGAAGCAGCGGUCAAAUGGGAAGGAUCGAGCCCAGGGGCCCUGGGAGUCUGUGCUGGAUCUGAGCGUCCACAAGAAGCCCGGCGGCGAUGGCGGCGGGAGCAAGGAGGCUCCCUCGACUGCGCCGGCCAGUAGCGCCGUAAAGAAGAAGCCCACCACCUCCAUGUUACAGAAGGUUCUGCUGAAUGAAUACAACGGGACUAGUUUGGUGUCCGAAAACCCCUCCCCAGACACGAGUCCAAGCCUGAAUGUCUGCAAACUACCCGAAGCGCAGUCACAGCCUGGCCCCGCUCCCCCAGCGCCUGUAGCAGAGCUGGGCUGUUCCGGCCUCACCGCCGAGACGUCCUUGCCUCCAGCGUCAGCCUGCCAGGCAGCGUCGGUCUUGACUCAAGCAACUUCUCCUGCCCAUCCUCCGUGCCCACCCAUGCUCAAGGCCCCCACGCCGCCGCCACCUCUUCUUCCCACGGUUCCUUCGCCACUCCCAGAAGACCCCCUCAGCACCACUCCAAGUUCCUGUCCCUCUCCCCUGUCCAAUGCCACUGCCCACUCCCCUCUCCCCAUCCUUUCUCCAACCGUCUCAGCAUCUCCCGUGCAUUCUGUAGAGCCUCUCAGCUGUGCUUCGCCUGGGCCACCCACUCUCUCUUCAUCGUCAUCCUCCUCCUCCUCCCCCUCUUCCUCUUCCUCCUCUUUUUCUUCCUCUUCCUCCUCUGCAUCCCCCUCCUCCUCUCCUUCCCCCCCUCCUCUCUCUGUAGUUUCUUCUGCCCUCUCCCCUGGCGAUAACCUGGAAAAUUCAGCACCCCUGAUGACCUUUAAGCAAGAGGAGGGAGAAAAUAGGUGUCCGAAGCUGCGGGAGGACCCCCACCACUCAAGUGCAGCAGAUGCCAUCCAGGAAACCUUCAGCAAGAACUUUGUGUGCAAUGUCUGCGAGACCCCAUUCCUUGCUAUUAAGGAUCUCACCAAGCAUUUAUCCCUUCAUGCCGGGGAGUGGCCCUUCAAAUGUGAAUUCUGUGUCCAGCUCUUCAGAGAGAAGGCAGGCUUGUCAGAGCAUCGCUUCUUGCUCCACGGAGUGGGUAACAUCUUUGUAUGCUCCAUCUGCAAGAAAGAAUUUGCUUUCCUAUGCAAUCUGCAGCAGCACCAGCGAGAUCUCCACCCCGACAAAGAAUGCACCCACCACCAGUUUGAAAGUGGGACCCUGCGACCGCAGAACUUUACAGAUCCCAGUAAAGCGAGCGCUGAACAAAUGCAAAGCCUGCCCAGCCUUUCUUUGGAAUCCUCCAAGGAGGAGGAAGAGGAGGAGGAGGAGCUAAACGACUCCUCUGAAGAGCUCUAUACAACCAUUAAAAUCAUGGCAGCUGGAGUCAAACCCAAAGAUCCAGACGUCCGCAUGGGCCUCAACCAACACUACCCGAGUUUUAAGCCUCCUCCGUUCCAGUAUCACCACCGAAACCCUAAUGGGAUUGGAGUGACGGCCACAAAUUUCACCACUCACAAUAUCCCACAGACCUUCUCUACCGCCAUUCGCUGCACCAAGUGUGGGAAAAGCGUGGACAAUAUGCCCGAAUUGCACAAGCACAUUUUGGCUUGCGCUUCGGCCAGCGAUAAAAAACGGUAUACUCCAAAAAAGAACCCCGUGCCUCUGAAACAGGCAGUCCGCCCUAAAAAUGGAGUUGUCUUGCCCAGUCCCACUAACAACGGCUUCCGGCGGGUGGGCCAGCCCCAGAGACUCGACUUCGGCGUCGAGGUGAGCCGAAUGGCCUCCAACAAACUAAAAAUCAGCGCCCUGAAGAAGAAGAACCAGCUGGUCCAGAAGGCGAUUCUGCAGAAGAAGAAGUCGCAGCAGAAGGCAGAGCUCAGGAACAGCGGCGCGGAGCCCAGCUCUCACAUCUGCCCCUACUGCAGUCGGGAAUUCACGUACAUCGGAAGCUUGAACAAGCACGCCUCCUACAGCUGCCCCCAAAAGCCCAUUUCCUCUUCCUCGAAAAAGAAGGCUAAAAAGAAAAGCGGGGCGUCAUCUCCCAGCAGCAGCAAAAGUGGUGCCAACCUGCGCCGGCGAACAGCCGACGCCGAGAUCAAAAUGCAGAGCGCUCACGCCCACCUGGGGAAGACCCGCGCUCGCAGCUCAGGGCCCGCGGCCGUCCAGCUGCCCUCUGCCUCCUUCAAGCUGAAGCAGAACGUCAAGUUUGCGCAACCCAUCAAGCCCAAAAAGGCCCCCCCUCCACCCGCAGUGAGAAACGCCAGCUCGGCGAGGGUCGGCAAGGGGGCCCCGCCGGAGGGAAAGCGGAGCAAAGGAGCCGCCAAGAGCGGUUCCCCCAGACUGCUGAGCAAAGCCUCGCGCAAGCUGCACGUCCGCCUCCAGCGCAGCAAGGCGCACCCCCCAGCCAGCCAGAAGAAGGCUGACCGGUUCAGCACCAAGUCGAGGGAGAGAGUCGGAGGGCCCGUCACCCGCAGCCUGCAGCAGGCGACCUUUGCCGAGGCUGCGGAGAGCAAGCGGGAGGAGGGCUCAGCCCGGCAGGAGCCGAAGGACUUCAGGAACCUUCUUUAAGAAGAAGACGGACCGAACCCUCCAAAUGUGUAAAUGAGAUUUUCCAGGUCACGGGCUUGAGCCGUCUUCUGCUCAGGGCAGCAGGAUGAGUGCAGCGGGCCGUCCUCCAAGCUGGCACAGCCCGGGCAGAGCCAAGGAUGCAGCGGACAGCUUGUCGACGUGCUGGCUCCAGAGCCGGGCUCACAUUGCCCCAGCCGAGCCACGCAAUUCUUGGCUGCAGAGACAAGGCACGCAGGCAUGCGGUUGCCCCUCUUCUCCCCUCACCCCCGCCAACCCUGGUUUUUUAAUAAAGGACAUGGUCAAACUCAACGGGAGCAAAUUCCGCCAUGGAGUUUCUUGCUUAAACGUCUUGCUUUUAUCUGAUGCAGUAAGGUGGGAAGCAAAUAACAAAUAAACUCAGCUGAGGGUGUUGCCAAAUGUAUUGAGAGCAGUGCUCUUCAGAAGGCCCCGGCGUAUAUCAGGGAUGGCAAACUGUUCACACUGCAUCCGAAAUAUUUUUGGUCACCCAUCUGGUCUCUGAAAGCCUUUGUUUUACCCCCUCCAGGGGUUUCCUUCCUUCUCCUCAGCCUCCACACCGCCACCGCCGCCGCCUCGCUGGCUUGGUUCCAGUCCCUGCUUUUCCGAAACCGCUUCUUCACACUUUGGGGGAGCAGGAGAAAUGUUGGUGCAGUCAACCUUAAAAAUAUCAAUAUCCAAAAUUCUCCUGGGGUGGACGAGGCAUCCACAGUUUGUUGGGAAUGAAUUGCUCACCAUAGAACACUGUAUAGCACAAUGAAUGCACAGAAGAAAUGGCUGUUAACUGGCUGGCAAUGGAUAAAGCAAGAGCUACCUUUUUCCUUGGGGUAAAGCAGAAUUGACUCUCCCGCCCCUCCCCUCCCCUCUUCCCCGGAUGCGGCUCCUUUUUUUUCCAAACAUGUAUUCUGAAAACUUGCCUUUCCAUUUCGGUGAACAGCAGUUGUUUCGUUUCACUUAGGCCACCCCCGUUUUUCAAAGCUAUUUGUUCUUGACUUAAAAAAGAAAUCUACCUCUUAAAAUUUGAAGUUUUGAUAUUGUUUUGGUGACUUCAUGCCACUUGAACCACCUCUCACUAUCAUUCCCUUUUAUUUUUUUUUGGUUGCAUUUUUUUUCCUGGUUUAUGGGGACAUCUGCAUCAAACAGUUGUAUAAAGCAUUUGUAGCAAGUUUGGAAAGGGGGGAUAAAAUAUUUAAAAUUAUUUAAAUUGUUUUUGACACUUCAGUUGUAUUAUAUGUGAUUUACAUUUUACAUUAAUUUGUUUAUGUGGGAGAGAGGAGAGGGUCUUUAAUCUGAAGAUGGCUCUUGUAUUAAAGUUUGCUGUUCUGUAGUUCUUCAUUUUUCCCCUUUUUCUUGUUGGAGAGUGAUGCAAAGGCUAUUCUAUUAAAAACAUUAAAAUUUCCAAUUUGCCAUACAAAAACCAAAAGUUUGUCAUUGCUUUCAAACAUAAUGUUGGCAUGAUACGAGUUUGCAGCCA